GGAAUUCAGCGUAGAGUGCUGACAGUCCAAACGCAGUCACAUUUAGACCAGGAAUAACUCUCGUUCACCUCUUGUCAUUUAAUGAACUGAUCCAGUUUUACUCGCAGACUUAAAACAAGGCUCAACUCCAGAUCAUGCGCUCUAUGUGAACAGCUGCGCAAAGACGCACAGGCUGAAAGACAAUUGACAGCUCGCCAACGGGACAUUGGAGUGGACAUGUGAAGAAAUGGAUAUGCAGCCUCUUCAUAUGAUCAAAAUGCGAUCUGAAAUCAUCAUCGUCCUCAUCCUCACUGCUGUGAUUGUUCCCCUGUGCACCUCGCAGUCAGUGUGUCCUGGCACUGAUAACAAGCUCAGCACGCUGUCUGAUUUGGACCAGCAGUAUAAGACUCUUCGGAAGUUUUACGAGAACUGUGAGGUGGUCAUGGGUAAUCUGGAGAUCACCAGUAUUGAAAGAAACCGCAACCUGUCUUUCCUCAAGUCUAUCCGGGAGGUGACGGGUUACGUGUUGGUGGCUCUGAACCAGUUUGACUAUCUUCCUCUGGAGAACCUGCGGAUCAUCCGUGGCACUAAACUGUAUGAAGGACGCUACGCUCUGGCCAUCUUUCUCAACUACAGACGAGAUGCCUACUACGGCCUGAGACAGCUCGGCCUCAAGAACCUGACAGAAAUCCUGAAUGGAGGCGUGUAUGUGGAUCAGAACAAGUUCUUGUGCCAUGCUGACACCAUCCACUGGCAUGACAUAAUCAAGAACCCGCGGUCUGAACUUCUGGUGGUUCCGUCCAACAACAGUGGCAACACAUGCAGACGGUGUCACAGAUCUUGUAAUGGACGUUGCUGGGGUCACCAGGAAGACCAGUGCCAAAGCUUGACAAAGACGGUGUGUGCAGAGCAGUGUGAUGGACGCUGUUUUGGUCCGUACGUCAGUAACUGCUGCCACCGGGAAUGUGCAGGAGGCUGUUUCGGACCCAAAGACACAGACUGCUUUGCUUGUACCAACUUUAAUGACAGCGGGGCCUGUGUGACACAGUGUCCUCAGCCAUUCGUCUACAAUCCAACAACCUUCCAGCUCGAACACAAUGCCAACGCCAAAUACACAUUUGGAGCUUUCUGUGUCAAGAAAUGCCCACAUAAUUUUGUGGUGGAUCACAGCUCUUGUGUCAGAGCCUGUCCGAGCAACAAGAUGGAAGUGGAGGAAAAUCACAUCAAGAUGUGCAUCCCGUGCACUGACAUCUGUCCGAAAGUGUGUGAUGGCAUAGGUACCGGCAGUCUUCAAACGGCUCAAACCGUAGAUUCCAGCAACAUUGAGAAGUAUGUCAAUUGCACCAAGAUCAACGGCAACCUCAUCUUCCUCAUCACAGGCAUCAAAGGGGAUAUGUUUCAUGGUAUCAGAGCUCUGGACCCUGAUCGGUUAAAUGUAUUCCGCACCGUCAGAGAGAUCACAGGUUCCUUAAACAUCCAGUCCUGGCCAGAAAACAUGACAGAUCUUGGCGUUUUCUCGAACCUUGCCACCAUCGGAGGGCGAUCUCUUUAUAGUGGUAUUUCUCUGCUGAUCCUGAAGCAGCGCUGGAUCUCUUCACUGCAGUUCCAGUCUUUAAAAGAGAUCAGCGCCGGUAACGUCUACAUGACCAACAACAGCCAGCUCUGCUUCUACAACACAGUGAACUGGACCGGUCUGUUCCGCACCAGCACCCAGAGAGCUCUGAUCAAGAACAACAGGGACACCAGAGAGUGUACUAAAGAGCAGAUGGUUUGUGAUCCGUUGUGUUCGGAGGCAGGGUGCUGGGGUCCUGGCCCAGAACAGUGUCUCUCAUGCAAAUACUUCAGCCGAGGAAGGACAUGUGUCAAGUCCUGUAACUUAUAUUAUGGGGAUGUUCGAGAGUAUGCCAAUGGCUCAGUUUGUGUUGAGUGUGACAGCCAGUGUGAAAAAGCCGGAGAGAAAAGUUUGACCUGCAUUGGCCCGGGUCCAGAUCACUGCGUGAAAUGCUUGCAUCUGAAAGAUGGGCCCAACUGUGUGGAGAAAUGCCCUGAUGGUCUGCAGGGAGCAAACAGCUUCAUCUUCAAAUAUGCUGAGACCAACAACGAGUGCCAUCCCUGCCACCCCAACUGCACCCAGGGUUGUACUGGACCCCGAGUGCAAGAUUGUGUUGGCAUGUUGGACAGGACUCCUCUGAUUGCGGCUGGGUUAAUUGGGGCUCUCUUUGUGAUGGUCAUCGUAGCUCUUGGUGUGGCCGUUUACAUCCGCAGAAAGAGCAUUAAGAAAAAGAGAGCUUUGCGCCGUUUCCUGGAGACUGAGCAGUUGGUGGAGCCGUUGACGCCCAGUGGUACAGCUCCAAACCAGGCUCAGCUGCGGAUAUUGAAGGAAACUGAGCUCAAGAGGGUCAAGAUUCUGGGAGCUGGUGCCUUUGGCAUGGUUUAUAAGGGAAUCUGGGUUCCAGAAGGGGAAACAGUGAAGAUUCCAGUGGCUAUAAAGAUACUCAAUGAAAGUACAGGACCUAAAGCCAAUGUGGAGUUUAUGGAUGAGGCGCUGAUCAUGGCCAGCAUGGAGCAUCCUCAUUUAGUGCGUCUGUUGGGGGUCUGCUUGAGUCCCACUAUUCAGCUGGUAACUCAGCUCAUGCCCCACGGCUGCCUGCUGGACUACGUACAUGAGCACCAGGAGAACAUCGGCUCCCAGCUGCUGCUCAACUGGUGCGUGCAGAUUGCAAAGGGUAUGAUGUUCCUGGAGGAGAGGCGGCUGGUGCACAGAGACCUCGCGGCUCGUAACGUCCUGGUCAAAUCUCCAAACCACAUCAAGAUCACUGAUUUUGGACUUGCUCGACUGCUUGAUGCUGAUGAAAAGGAGUAUAAUUCAGAUGGAGGCAAGAUGCCCAUCAAGUGGAUGGCUUUAGAGUGCAUACAUUACAGGAAGUUCACACACCAGAGCGAUGUAUGGAGUUAUGGGGUGACUAUCUGGGAGCUGAUGACGUUCGGAGGAAAGCCCUAUGAUGGGAUUUCCACACGUGAGAUUCCAGAUAUCCUGGAGAAGGGCGAGCGUUUGCCCCAGCCGCCCAUCUGCACCAUAGACGUCUACAUGGUGAUGGUGAAAUGCUGGAUGAUUGAUGCUGAUAGUCGGCCUCGGUUUAAGGAACUCGCUGCAGAGUUCAGCCGCAUGGCACGAGACCCUCAGAGAUACCUCGUCAUACAGGGGGACGAUCGCAUGAAGCUGCCCAGCCCCAACCACAGUAAGUUCUUCCAGAGUCUUCUAGAUGAGGAGGAGCUGGAUGACCUGAUGGACGCUGAGGAGUACUUGGUUCCUCAGACCUUCAAUAUCUCUACCUCUUCUUACACGUCAAGACCACCGAUGGAUACCAGUAGGACACAACUGAGGUGUCGUGACAAAGUUUUUAGCCCAGAAGACGGCAUGGGAGCUUGUUCCCAUGACCCUUCUGGUUCAGCGAGUGCCGUCUUCAUCCCUUUAAGCACACAAUGUGCGGGUCUCGAUGUGCUUGAGGAACAACACUGUAAUGGGAGCUUGAAGAAACAGCCCAUGUCUGGCUCAGGAGACGACUGCGACAGCCAGCGCUACAGUGCAGACCCAACUGUCUUUUUUGGAGAGAGGGGCCCAAAGACCACUAAUGAAGAUGGUUACAUGAGCCCUAUGAACAAGUCAGCCUCAGACCAUCUUAGUCCUGUCGAGGAGAAUCCUUUUGUAAAUCAACGGAAAAAUGGAAAUAUUACUGCACUGGACAACCCGGGUUACCACAGCACCCCUGAUAGGAAAUCCAAGGGUGAGGAUGAGUAUAUCAACGAACCCCUUUACCUCAACACAUACAACAACACUAGUGGCAUGAACCAGGAGAUCAUGAGAAAAACUGGAUCUUCCAUCCCACUACAGAUGACUACAGCAACCAACACCGCAAGCAGCCACGUUAUCCUCUCCACACAAACUGGGAAAGCCCACCACCAUGGCCAGGGAACACAUGUUCAUUUCGCCGUUCCACCUGUUCAGCCCCCCCAAACGACAUCAAUGAGCCAAAAUGGCCAGCAUUCCCAGUCACCACACGGUGUCGAAUCCAAUUCCUCCAGCAUGUCUGGCAAUCCUUCCUUAUUAACCCAAAUCUCCAUCGUCAGCCAACAGAUCCAACCUUGUCUGGCAAGUCAGUCCAUCCAUUCUACCCAUUCGGCUCAAGUGGUGAAAUCUGCAGUCACAAGUAAAAGUGUAUCCGGCCUUCCCGGCCACCUUGUCUACCCAGGUAACAUGCUUCAAACGGGUCAUACCGGGACUAUAAUGGUCGACAGGAAGUCGAAGAAGAAUUUUGAUAAUCCUGACUACUGGCAGCAUAGUCUACCGCCCAAGGUGACCCAACAAAACCCUCAAGACCCAACGCAAGUGUGCAAAGGCAAACACCUCUAUAGGCAUAGCAUCCGAAGUCGCAUCGCUGUGGCCGACAACCCUGAGUAUCUUUCUGAGUUUAACAAGAGACCAGUUCUGCCACCUCCACCGUACCGACACAGGAAUACAGUAGUGUAACGCCACAGUCGUUAUGGAGAACCAGAUUCUUCUACCAGCACCAUACGUUCAAUUGGAAUUUAUUGAAGUACAGGAAAACUCCUACCAUCAGUGUUUCUGUCAGAAGAAUUCAGGAAGGAGACUUAUUGGACUUUCAAAGGAAAACCGACCAACCAAAGUGCCUCUAAACUAUUCCAAAAGCUAUUCCAUCUUUUCCAUUCAAACAAAUCAGAAUGUAUCGAGAUGGAUAUCCCUUAAAGGGAUAGUUCACCAAAGAUAAAAAAUUGUCACCAUUUACUCACCCUCGUGUCACUCCA